AUUAAUAAUACAAUAACAAACACACACUGUUCCAUUUCUUUCUUUCUUUUAUCAAUUCCAUAUAUAUAUAUAUAGAUUGAGUGGUUGGAUCCUCGCUUCGUUUUUCACUCUUUUCCAUCUUCCUCUUUGCCUUUGCCUUGACACACGCAAACUCCAAGGGAUCGGACCGCUGCCGAUCUUCCAUCCUACGUGUCUUUUUGAAACACUGAGAGCGUAUGGAAUCUAAUGGUCAUAGGAGGGUGAGGCGAAGGGAACAUCUUGUCCGAGAAAAUGGGGAUACUGGUUUAUCAUAUUCCAUUGAUGAACUGGAUCCAUGGACUGCAUGGGCUUAUAAACCUCGCACUAUUUCAUUAUUAUUCGUUGGUGCAUGCUUUCUUAUUUGGGCAAGUGGAGCCCUUGAUCCUGAGAGCAGUGAGUCUGGCGAUCUUGUAACAUCUGUAAAAAGGGGUGUAUGGGCAAUGAUUGCAGUUUUUCUAGCUUAUUGCUUGUUGCAGGCUCCUUCUACGGUCCUUAUUCGGCCACAUCCUGCAAUUUGGCGUUUAGUUCAUGGGAUGGCUGUUGUUUACCUUGUUGCACUCACAUUUUUGCUUUUUCAGAAGCGUGAUGAUGCUAGGCAGUUUAUGAAGUUUCUCCAUCCUGACCUUGGUGUUGAGCUUCCAGAAAGAUCCUAUGGUGCUGAUUGUCGCAUAUAUAUUCCUGAAAACCCCACAAGCAGGUUUAAGAAUGUUUAUGAAACACUAUUUGAUGAAUUUGUAGUAGCCCACAUCUUUGGUUGGUGGGGCAAGGCCAUUUUAAUCCGCAAUCAGCCACUUCUCUGGGUCCUCUCAAUUGGCUUUGAGUUGAUGGAGUUUACCUUCCGACACAUGCUACCGAACUUUAAUGAGUGCUGGUGGGACAGCAUUAUUCUUGAUAUUUUGACAUGUAAUUGGUUUGGUAUAUGGGCUGGAAUGCAUACUGUUAGGUACUUUGAUGGGAAAACUUAUGAGUGGGUUGGUAUAAGUCGCCAACCUAACAUUAUUGGCAAAGUUAAACGAACUUUAGGACAGUUUACACCAGCACAGUGGGACAAAGAUGAAUGGCAUCCGCUGCUUGGUCCAAUGCGUUUCGUUCAAGUUCUGAGCCUUUGCAUUGUGUUUUUGACAGUAGAACUUAAUACAUUCUUUCUGAAGUUCUGUCUGUGGAUUCCUCCUAGAAACCCUGUGAUUGUGUAUAGGUUGAUCUUGUGGUGGCUAAUAGCAAUACCAACAAUUCGUGAGUACAACUCGUACCUCCAAGACCGGAAACCUGUGAAAAAAGUUGGAGCAUUUUGUUGGCUUUCCCUUGCAAUUUGCAUUGUUGAGCUUCUCAUUGGCAUCAAGUUUGGACAUGGUUUAUAUCCAAAGGCGAUGCCACAUUGGUUGGUAAUAUUCUGGUUGUCCAUUGGAGUGACACUGGUUUCAUUCAUUCUGAUUUGGUCAUGGAAACUGCAGCGCAAUUUUGGCAAAAAGAGAAGAUAGUUUUGGGAAAUGCAGUAAUACUAUUACACUAUUCUUUGGCUGUUAUUUAGUACUAUCGGUAUUGUAUUGAGGUUUGUAAAUACCGUGUAUCAAUCACUUCAUAAAUUGUAUUGUAAAUGCUUAUUCUUAGUCUUAGUCAAUAGGCAGUAAAUCACAGAUUCAAGUUCUAGUUC